CCAUCACCAGUCAUCGCGGGCAGCAUGUUGCGUAGGCUUCGAUAGAGGCGCAGUCAUUCUUGAGGAGGAUGUCUUGCCCCGAGCCUGAGCCCUGCCAGCCUGCAUCUUCACUUCGUCCAUCGCCACUCGCUGAAAAAUGAGAGUCGCCAUCCGCGAGCAGCUCGCCGCGCUUGUGCUCUUCGCCGUCCUCUUGUCCCUGGCCGUCAUCUCCAUCCCGACAUGGAUCUUUGUCCACAACUUUGUCGUCGACGUCGAAUCUCAGGGCCUGGCCCUGACCGCCUCGCUCAAGGCGUCCGCCAUUGCGUCUGAGCUGGAUCUGGCGCAGACCAUCUGCCAGACCGUCGCCACGCGCAUCCUGCUGCAGCAGGCCUUCAUCGACUUCUACAACCAAAACUCGACAAACAAGACCGACCCCUUUGCCAAUGCCCGCGCCGACCUCGAGAGCGCCAUGGGCACCACCCGCGGCCUCACGGGGCUGCUGCAGGCCCGCCUCUAUUCGCGAAACUCGACCGGCGACGGCCAUCGCGGCCUGCUCAGCGUCACCGGCGCCGGUGUGGGCAAUGCGACCAACAACAUUGAGCUGCCCUACCUCACGCCCGACGGCUCCAGAGUCAACCUCAGCGAUACCGAGUACGGCUACCCGCUGUCGCUGUAUCCCAACAUCACGUACACCAACCUCGGGUACCCGAACCCCUAUGUGCCGUCGACGCCGGCCUUUGGCGCCUAUGCCUUUCCGAACGUCAACCUGAGCACCGGCGGCGGCCUGGUGCUGGGUCCAUUGGUCAUCAACGAAACAUUCGCCCUCAUCUCUCUCACCAUCCCCAUCCGCUCCUUCGCCAUCUCGAAUUUCAUCCUCGGCUACUUGACCCUGGUGAUCUCGGCAGGCUCGCUGUCCGCCAUCCAAGCUUCGCCCGAAGGCCUGGGCUCAACCGGCGUCGUCCUCCUCGUUGGACCGGCCAACCCAUCCAAUCGCUUCAACGUGUCGCAGCCGGCAAGCAACGAUACGUACUCACCUACGCAGCCCAGCUUCAAGAAUACCCCUGUCCAUUUCGUCAUACCGCCCAUCCCCGUCCCGGGGCAGUCGGAUCGACACUCGUCACGCAACUACCAUUCCGGCAACUUUUAUGGACGUCCGUUCCCCCUUCGCGAUUAUCCCAGCUUGUCAAAGGUGUAUACUCGCAAGCUCUCACCGUUGGAUAACUCCACCGUAGAUCUCUCCACGACAAACGAGCAAGGCGUGCCUGUCGCCGUUGGCGUCGCUCGUCCUGCAACGACUCUCGUCAACUGGGCCGUCGUUGUGGAGAAGGCCAAGAGCGAAGCGUAUCAGCCCAUCGACAAGUUGAGAGAUAUCCUCCUAGGAUGCGUCUUCGGGACGGCUGGCCUUAUCGCAAUCCUCGUCUUUCCCUGCGCCCAUCUCAGCGUCUUGUCUAUUAGGCGACUCAAGGCUGCGACGGAAAAGUCCAUCAAUCCUCCCGGAUACGAGGAGUAUGACGAUGCGUUUGAUGAAGAACACCCAAGCUCGGGAGCUACUAGUUCGAAGCGAUCCGACAAAGGCUUUUUCGCUACCGUGAAGCGCAGGAUAUGGAAGGAGAAGAAGAUUUUGCCCAUCAGCGAAGCCGAUGCUCACCGACACGUCUUCAAGAUCCCCGGCAGAGUUGAAGUCGGCAAACACUACAUCACCGACGAAUUGACGGAGCUCACAGAGACGUUCAAUGAAAUGUCAGACGAGCUGCUCAAGCAGUACACACAGCUGGAGGACAAGGUUGCAGAGAGGACGCGAGAGCUCGAGGUUAGCAAGCGAGCGGCAGAGGCUGCCAACGAGAGCAAGACGCUCUUCAUCGCCAAUAUCUCUCACGAGCUGAAGACGCCCCUGAAUGGCAUCAUGGGCAUGUGUGCUGUUUGCAUGGAGGAGGAUGAUAUUGUGCGGAUAAAGCAGUCGCUUAAAACUCUCUAUAGGUCAGGCGACCUACUACUACACCUUUUAGAGGAUCUCCUCAGUUUUUCCAAGAAUCAAAUCGGACAACAUGUCAGCCUUGAGGAGAGAGAGUUUCGGUUAGGCGACAUCAAAUCGCAAAUGUUGUCGAUUUUUGACAAGCAGGUGCGCGAGAGCAACAUCACAUUCACCGUGAGCUUUCUCGGCAGCGAAAAUAUCGAGCUGAAUGGGAGCAUGGAACAGAGCAUCUUGGAAAAAAGACUGCCUGCCUUGGGCCCCAACGGCAUGGGACGACUGAAGGAUGUUUAUGUCUGGGGUGACCAGCACAGAAUCCUGCAGGUCAUGAUCAACCUUGUCAAUAAUAGUCUCAAGUUCACGCCACCUGGAGGCAAAGUGGAGCUGCGAAUCCGGUGCAUAUGCGAGGCUGAACGGUUGGAGACUGAUGUCAGUAGGACUUCAUCUUUGUCCAAAAGCGGUUCUACGAGGGUUGGGCGAAGCCGCCACAGAGGCAGCUCGGGAUCGACACGCUCUACCAAUUCCAGGACGACGAAUAACUCCGCACCGCUGAGGAAUGGCGCUGGUACCGCUCUCGCGAUCAACCCGCUGGACCCAAAGGCCACGCCUCACGUUCGCAUCCGGGAGCGCUCACCGACACCGCCGCCGGCAAACGCGAAGCCCUAUAUCUUCGAGUUUGAGGUGGAAGACACUGGGCCGGGCAUACCGGAGCAUAUGCAGGACAAGAUUUUCGAGCCGUUUGUUCAAGGCGACCUUGGACUGAAUAAGAAAUUUGGAGGAACAGGCCUGGGACUGAGCAUUUGUUCACAACUGGCCAAGCUGAUGGGCGGGUCGGUCACUCUUAAGAGCACCGUCGGGGUAGGAUCGACGUUUACGAUGCAUAUCCCUCUUAAAUACGUCAAAGACCGCCCGCCAAGCACCGCUUCCAGCAGCACGGGAUCGAGACCGACCAGCGUCAGGUCGGUAAUUGGCGAGGGGCCCCGGAGCACGAUGAAUGGGUCAGCAUCGCCGCUGCAGGACCCAAAAUCCAAGAGCAGCCCAUCGUUGAUAGACAACAAGCUGCCCCGUCUCGUGGGCCUCAGCGCGCCGUUUUUCGCUGCCAAGCCCAACACCUCCGCUAGCAAAGAGGACCAGACGGCAGCUAUUGAUAAGGCAAUGGCGAACAAGGCAGGGAAGGGAAAACUGCGCGUGCUGGUUGCUGACGAUAACGCGACCAAUGUUGAGGUGGUGAGUAGGAUGCUGAAACUGGAGGAUGUCUACGACGUGGCCAUUGCCAAAGAUGGCCAAGAAGCCUACGAGCUGGUCAAGGCCAGCAUGGAGAUGAACCAGCGUUUUGAUGUGAUAUUCAUGGACAUCCAGAUGCCCAACGUCGACGGGCUGCAGUCAACACGACUGAUUCGCAAAAUGGGCUACGUGGCGCCCAUCGUUGCGCUUACUGCCUUUUCGGAAGAGAGCAACGUAAAAGAGUGCAUAGAAUCAGGCAUGGACGAAUUCUUGAGCAAGCCUAUCAGACGACCAGCCUUGAAGAAGGUGCUCAAGAAGUUUGUCACUAUUCCAGAGGAGCCAGAGACGACGAAUGGCGCGACGAAAGAAAAGGGAACGGAUCUUGAUACAAAUACGGCGAACGGGACGGCAACAGGGAUAAACGGGAACGCGAACGGGCACGCGAACGGGCACGCGAACAGGAAAACAAGGGAUUAAAGCAUAUAGACUAAUAUAUCAUGUAUUAAU